AUGGGAAAAAUAAAAGUAAAAAUAGGAGCACCCCGACAGCCCCCCUGGACCAGAACAACAAGCGAAGACAAACCCCCAGUCCUCCCGCCAUUAAGCAUAGGCCCCUCGCACCUAUCAACUGCCUCCAUCGCACCUUCGUCCACAUCCACCUCAUCCCCGGAAACCACCUCCACCUCCACCUCCGCAAGCACCAGCACCAGCACAAACACAACCACCACCACGCCCCCCACCUCAAUACCCUCAUCAUCCACAGCUACAAUCCCCGCAGCCCCCAUAGAAGAGCCCCCAAGCACCAGCGUCAGCGCUACAACAAAGGCAAAUGCAGAACACGAGGUCAAGGGCAAGGGUAAAGAGGGAGCGGAAGAAGGAGAAGAAGGGGAAGGAAGCUGCGAACCGUGCACACACUCUGUCAAUUCAAGGAUCGAGUGGGGCGAUGGGCUCGCACCCGGGGAGAAGCGUGGCAGGGCGUCCGGCGGCGGCGCAUGGCCAAAGAGGAGGGGAUUCUGGAGGAGGGUGUUUGGCCGGGAAAGGGAUAUUAAGGGGAAGGGGGUGGCGGGUAUGUGAGGGGUGUUGAGGGGAAUUCUGGGCAAAGGAAUUAUAUACACGGGGUGUGGGAAUAUUUUUUGUGUUUGUAGAUUAUCAUAUCAAUUUUCUUUUUCUUUCUUUUUUUUUUUACCGAUGGCCGUUGCUUCCUCUUGUAUUUUUUGUUGAGUUUGGUCGGAGUAGCGGGGUUGGGCGUGAGGUAAUAACGUGUAAUAUACUCACUCACGCACUUACACUAAUGUACUUGUAACAUUGUUCGUUCAA